UGCAUUAAGACUGAGCAGUGUCUGCAGUGUGCUGAAGGUCUUAAAUUAUCUUUAAAAUUGCUGUUAUGUAGCUGAAAGGCAGAAUGGGAAAUCCAUCAGGAUUGGCAGGGAUCCUAGAGGGGAGAGAUGGUACUGAGAGCAGGAGUUCCCUCAUUGCUGGUUUUCUUCAUUUUAGCAACCCAGAACAGUAAACCUUACUUACUAUCAGCAGUCCAGCAGCUAAGACAGUCCUGCAAUUCUGAAGUUUCAGAUACUUUAUGUAUCUUGUUACUGUAACGUUAUAUUUCUUUUUCUCUUUCCUAUGAGAUCCUUGUAUUCUGUGCUCUUUCACUUCUCCUUUUUAACCUUGGUCCUAUUCCUAGAACAGAUCGGCAGAGACGGAACUGCUGUGAUUUUUUUUUAAUUUUUUGGGGGUAGAGGCUGUUGUUUUUUCUCAAAGCAUGUUGCUUCCUCCUUGCUUUUAUUUAAGAUCACACUUGUUUCAGAUGUGCUGGCCAUAGCUGAAGUUGCCUGCGUUUAGGCUUCCAGCUGGAUCAGAUCCUGAGAUAAAUGUCCGUUCAUUUAAGGCAUUAAGCUGCCCAGUGCUGCUUGCAGUUGGCUGAGAUAUCUCAGCUUGUUCUAAUGUUCUUUAAUGCUAGCUGUAGAUGUAGAUGUACUUGAACAAAGUGGUUUAGUGGUUUGUGGUAGCGAGGGUAAUGGGAGGAUGGUUGGACCAGAUGAUCUUGUAGGUCCUUUCCAACCUUGUGAUUCUAUGAAAAGGGUUCAUAAGGACCCCUAAGCAACUCUUUCUUUCAAACGUCCAUUGACAGAUGUAAGCAGUUUUGAGCUGACAGCAAGAUGGUGCAGCUCCUGGAGCUGUAAAAUAAGCCAAGAAAGGUACACACCCCAGUGCUAGCUGGGUGCCUAGCCGACUGCACAACGCAGCCUGAGGCUUUGCAGCAUAUCGGGAUGAGAGCAGUGCCGGCAGAACUGGGCUCGGCCCAGACUGAGCUAGCCUGGCUGUCCUGGUUCUGAGGAUGCUCCAGCCCUGGUGCCGCGCGCCCUCCAGGGGCCGGAGGAAAUGGCGGCCGCCACCACAACUCAGCGCCGCCCAGGGGCGGAGCCCGGUCCCGUUGGCGCCAAGCGGGGACGGCGGCUCCCGCCCUGCCCCUCCGCUCCCAGCCAUGGCGGCCGCCGUGCCCGGCUACUCGCCGGGCUUCAAGAAGCCGCCGGCCACGCUGCGGCUGAAGCGCAAGCGGCCGCAGAGAAGCGAGCCCGCUGCCCCCCAGCCCUGCGGCGCGGCCCCGAGGGCCCCCUCGGCGUCCGUCCGCCGUAACCCCUUCUCCAGCCUGGACAACGCGCCGCGGCAGCCGGUCUGGCGGCAGAAGGAGCCGGCGCAGCCCGGGCGGGGGCCCGCCUCCACUGUGCCCUUCUGGCAGUUUUUAGAGUCUGCAGGAGAAGAUAAGCCGGCCCGGAACGUGGAGCUCUCACAGGGAACAGACGUCCUGGCGCUGCCCGAGGAUCUUCAUUUACCUGUUCCUACCCCUGAUGUCCCCCCCUCACCGAGACACGAGUUUCCUGCAGACUGGAGUAUCAAAACACGACUUCUGUUUACGUCUUCUCAACCUUUCACUUGGGCAGAGCAUUUAAAAGCACAGGAGGAAGCUCAGGGGUUUGUUCAGCAUUGCAGAGCAGCAGAAAUAAACUUGCCACAGAGUGUACAGGAACCAAAACUGUCCACAGAACUGCGUUGUGCCUUUCAGCAGAGCCUUGUUUACUGGCUUCACCCAUCACUGUCGUGGCUGCAGCUGUUCCCUCGUAUUGGAGCAGACAGAAAGAUAGCAGGAAAAGCCUGUCCAUGGGCACAGGAUGAGGCCUUGCAACAAGCACUGAUGAGCGACUGGUCUGUCAGCUUUACUUCUCUAUACAAUCUGCUCAAAGCCAAGCUGUGCCCCUACUUCUAUGUGUGCACUUACCAGUUUACUGUCCUGUUCCGUGCAGCUGGUCUGGCGGGAAGUGAUGUUAUCACAGCAGUGAUUGCUCCCACCACCAGAGGUUUAAGGGAAGCCAUGAGAAAUGAAGGCAUAGAGUUUUCUCUACCUUUGGUAGAAGAAAGUAGAAGCAGAAAACAGAAAAACUCUGAAGGGAAUUUGGAAACAGAAGUUGCUCAUGACCCUGAAGUGGGUAGAAGCCCUGAGAAUGGCGAGGAAGCUGCUUCAAGUGAUGAUGAUGAUGAUGGUUUCUCUUGGCUUGAGGAGAUGGGAGUCCAAGACAAGGUUAAAAAACCAGAUGCUGUUUCUAUUAAACUUCGUAAAGAGAAGCAUGAAGUGCAGGUGGAUCACAGACCUGAAUCCCUCGCAGUGGUGAAAGGAACAAACACGUUCACUUUAUUGAACUUCCUGAUAAACUGUAAGAGCCUGGUGGCUGUUGCAGGUCCACAGGCAGGGCUUCCUCCCACUCUAUUGUCUCCUGUUGCUUUCCGAGGUGGAACAAUGCAAACGCUCAAAGCUCGUAGUAUGAACGCAAAAGCCAGGGUCCGCCUGGCAUAUGAAGAUAUCUUCAGUUUGGAGAUCGUAGGCCCUGUCCUGCCUCAUUCUCUCCACUUGCUGACCAUGCUGCUGCAGUCUGCACAGCAGGGAGCAUUUUCUGCAGUGCUGUAUACGCACGAGCCAACGGCUGUGUUUAACGCUAAUCUCCAUAAUGCGAGCCCUGCCUUAAAGAAGGAAACCGUAAGUAAAGACCUGCUGAAGUGUGGGCUGCAUUCUAAAACUUUGGAUCAACUGAGUCAGGUGCCAACACUGGGAAAAUCUUCCCUCCGGUUUCUGGAAAUGAAGGACUCUGCAUAUGCCUGGAAGUCUUAGGUACGUGCUGUUUGGAGGAGGUGGAGCACAAAGCUCUCCAGUGUGAAGUUGCUGCGCUUCCUUCAGGCCUGCAGGGCAGCACCCAUGCUGUUAGAGGAGCUAAGUAACCUAGUUGAACGUCACAGCCAACUCUUGCACAUCACAGCAAUAGAACGCGGUGAGGGGUUUUCGGAGGAAAUUGAGGAAAAGGCCCUGGACAUCUCCUUUUGUAUUUUAGAAAGCAUUUUUAAAAAUAAAAUUUUAUAAAAUGGUCUGCUUUUGAUCUGAAUUCAGGGUGGAAGGCCUGUA